AUGGCCGAGUCCAUAAUCUACAAAGCAUCGCCGUCACAACUCUACCUCCUCGCAAAGAUGGCUACUGGUUUCAUCCACGGUGGUGCCUGGCGGGAUCCAGUGGUUACGUCGGAAUCAUUCAGUGCCACGGAAUCCAUACUUCGCAACAAAGGCCUACCUAUCUCCGGAUUCGCAUCGAUCUCAUACCGUCUCAGCGCACACCCAAAUCACCCACAAGACCCAAAUACCGCCCCCAAGGACCUCCAAGAUGCGAAACACCCCGAUCACAUCCGCGAUGUCGAGGCCGCGCUCGCGUUCAUCCAGAAUACAUACGGGUUCGGUACGCGAUACAUCCUAGUUGGCCACAGUUGCGGCGCAACGCUGGCCUUCCAAGCUGUGAUGGGCGCAGUGUCAGGUCACCGUGAACAGGCAUUCGUUGGAUCCGCUGAUAAACCCGACACUCAUGUCGGGUUUGUAUCAGCCUCUCCUGGUCCCUUGCCACCUGCAUUGACGGCGCAGCCCACUGCCAUUGUCGGCGUGGCGGGUAUCUACGACCUGCGACGGCUGCGGGAUACACAUUCUGAUAUCUCGGCUUACCAGGAGUUUAUUGAGGGGGCGUUCGGGGCGGAUGAGAUGCUCUGGGAUGGUGUAUCGCCUGCUCAGAUGGCUGGUUCUCGUGGAGUGGAAUGUGGAUGGAAGUCUGGGAGGUUGGCUGUCCUGGCGUAUUCCCAGGACGAUGAGUUGGUAGACGCUUCUCAGACUGAGGUCAUGAAGGAGGCGUUGGGAAACUGGGAGAAGACAGAGGCACAGAUACCCAAGCAAGAUCUGUCGCACGGUGAUCGGCGGGUCCGUGUCUUGUCGAUCAGCGGUGCUCAUGACGAGGCAUGGGAGAAUGGCGAGCAACUGGCUCGCGCGGUAACGUAUGCAUUUGAGCAAUUGCAGGAAAUGGGGCUGGCCCCCUCGUUCUGA